GAUCGGAGCGGAAGUGCGUUCGCUGCAGCGUUCAUGCCUCCGCCGGUCUGAUUUGUCGUUUUGGUAGAAAUUUGAUCAUCGUCCGGCCGGCAAAGAUUAUGCUUUAGAUUAGUAAUUCUCGUCGUUUAUCUGAAACAGAAUGGCUGCAAAAAGGAAGGCAGAUAGCCUGGUACCGGCUGAGGAAAGCGACCAGCUUCUAAUCAGACCUUUAGGAGCUGGACAGGAAGUGGGUCGAUCAUGUAUUAUCCUUGAGUUUAAAGGGAGAAAAAUCAUGCUGGAUUGUGGUAUACACCCUGGUCUUGAGGGAAUGGAUGCUCUACCUUAUAUUGACUUGAUUGAUCCUGCAGAGAUUGAUCUGCUCCUCAUCAGUCAUUUCCAUUUGGACCACUGUGGGGCUUUGCCGUGGUUUUUACAAAAGACAAGCUUUAAAGGGAGGACUUUCAUGACUCAUGCAACUAAAGCUAUUUAUAGGUGGCUUCUGUCAGAUUAUGUGAAAGUCAGUAAUAUUUCCGCAGAUGACAUGUUAUACACAGAAACAGAUCUGGAGGAGAGCAUGGACAAAAUUGAAACAAUUAACUUCCAUGAAGUGAGAGAAGUAGCAGGGAUCAAGUUCUGGUGUUACCAUGCUGGCCAUGUUUUAGGAGCUGCCAUGUUCAUGAUUGAGAUAGCUGGUGUAAAGCUGCUGUAUACUGGAGACUUCUCUCGACAGGAGGACAGGCAUUUAAUGGCAGCAGAAAUACCUAGUGUCAAGCCUGAUAUUCUUAUUAUUGAAUCCACAUAUGGAACUCAUAUUCAUGAAAAGAGGGAAGAGAGGGAAGCCAGAUUCUGUAACACUGUUCAUGACAUUGUGAAUCGAGAAGGAAGGUGUCUUAUUCCUGUGUUUGCCUUGGGAAGAGCCCAGGAGCUUCUCUUAAUUUUAGAUGAAUACUGGCAGAAUCAUCCCGAGCUCCACGACAUUCCAAUUUAUUAUGCUUCAUCAUUGGCAAAGAAGUGCAUGGCCGUUUACCAGACCUACGUCAAUGCAAUGAAUGACAAGAUUCGUAAGGCCAUCAACAUUAACAACCCCUUUGUUUUUAAACACAUCAGCAACUUGAAAAGCAUGGAUCAUUUUGAUGAUAUUGGUCCCAGUGUAGUAAUGGCCUCACCUGGUAUGAUGCAGAGUGGACUGUCCAGGGAAUUGUUUGAAAGUUGGUGUACUGACAAAAGGAAUGGUGUCAUUAUUGCAGGCUACUGUGUUGAAGGAACACUUGCUAAGCACAUAAUGUCUGAGCCAGAAGAGAUUACUACAAUGUCUGGACAGAAGUUACCACUGAAGAUGUCUGUUGAUUACAUUUCGUUUUCAGCUCAUACAGAUUAUCAGCAGACGAGUGAAUUCAUCCGGGCUCUGAAGCCGCCACAUGUGAUUCUUGUUCAUGGUGAACAGAAUGAAAUGGCCAGGUUAAAAGCUGCACUUAUUCGUGAAUAUGAAGAUAAUAAUGAAACUCAUAUUGAAGUCCAUAAUCCGCGCAACACUGAGGCAGUGACGCUUAACUUCAGAGGAGAAAAACUGGCCAAGGUCAUGGGUUACUUAGCAGACAAAAAGAUUGAGCAAGGUCAGAGAGUUUCAGGAAUAUUAGUGAAGCGAAACUUUAACUACCAUAUUCUGACACCAUCAGAUUUAUCCAAAUAUACAGAUCUGUCUAUGAGCACUGUGAAACAAACUCAAGCUAUUCCCUUCACUGCACCAUUCUCACUGCUGAUGAAUCAGUUACUGACUUUGACAGGAGAUGUUGAAGAACUUGACUGUUUUGACAGAACUGCAUUGAAAGUUUUCAAAAAUAUUACUCUUAUUCAAGAAUCAGGAAUGAUUGUAUUAGAGUGGAUUGCAAAUCCUUUAAAUGACAUGUAUGCAGAUGCAGUGACCACAGUUAUUUUGGAAGUUCAAUCCAACCCCAAGGCUCAGAAAGCUCUGACGCUUACCAAAGCUGCCACGGUGGAUAUAGAAGUAUAUAAGAAGAGGUUAGAGAUUAUGUUACAGGACAUGUUUGGAGAAGAGUGUGUCAAUUUCAAGGAUGAAAAAGAUCUCUCAGUUACUGUGGAUGGAAAAACCGCAUAUAUUUGCCUAGAGACACGAUCUGUCGAUUAUGAAGAGGGCAGUGUAGAUGAUGAGUCUCUGAAGGAAAUGGUGGAACUGGCAGUGCAGAGGCUUUACGAUGCCCUUAACCCUAAACUUUGAAAUACAGAUUGAAAAUCACUGAUUACCUGUGAAUAAGAAAGUUAUUAUUUUUGAGGUUUAUCAAUUUUCAUUAGUGAUGUCUGAAAACAAAUUGCUGAUGUGUAUGUCUUUCAAGUUGCAAAUCAUUUUUUCAAGCCGAUGCAAUAAAAUAUUUUAUAGAAAAA